AAAUUAUUAAAAUUGCAACACCUAAAUAAGAAUUUUCUCUGAAAACAAAAGCCCACUCGGCGGCACAGCGGACGUUCAGAAACAUGAACAAAUGAAAUCGCGGUGGUUGUGGCGGCGGCGGUGGCGGGACCAGUUUCAUUCUGCCACACUCAAAUGGUUGCGUCUUGGUUUCAGACCUUAAUUUCUCCAUUGCGACUUAAGAUUUCCCCUCAACGACUCCGCAAAUAUGGUUUUGUAUUGAAUGACUUCCUUAACGGAACUGAAACUAGGGAAAAAGCGGUGAAAGAAUUGUCCCAAGAGAUGGUAUCUUGGAGAGAUCUUGAUGAAGUUGAGAAGAUUAUAGGUUAUAGUUUUAGCAACAAGAGUUUACUUCAUCAGGCAUUUACCCAUCCGUCAUAUAACAGGGGUUGUACAUCGUAUGAGCGGCUUGAAUAUGUUGGUGAUUCGGUGCUUAACCUUUUGAUUACAAAGAAGCAAUUUAUGCUUUACCCAGACCUUCCUCCUGGAUGUUUGACUCCUCUUCGUGCAGCAAAUGUUGACACAGAGAAGCUGGCCCGCGUUGCUGUUAAGCAUGGCUUUCACAAAUAUUUACGCCAUGAAAGAGCUGUUAUUGCAAGACGAAUCCAAUCAUUUAUAAACGUACUUCCAAAAUAUCCUCUGCAUUCCCAUGGUUUGAUUGAUGCGCCAAAAGUUUUAGCUGAUGUAGUUGAGUCCACUGUUGGAGCAGUGUUUAUUGAUAGCAAUGCUUCAAUAGAUACCACAUGGGAGGUUACGAGCAGUUUACUUGAGCCGUUUAUUACUCCAGACAUGCUCCAGAUGAACCCUGUGAAGAAGCUAUUUGAGAUAUGUCAGAAGCACAGGCUUGAUGUUAGAUUUGUGGAUCAUUGGGCGAAAGAAGGCACGUAUGAGGUUUUUGUUGAAGAUCAUCUUCGAGGAAGAGGUCAAUGCCAUAGUAAGAAGGAAGUUGCGUUAAACAGAGCAGCAAAUGUAGCAUAUAAUGAAGUAGUCAAACUCUUGGAGUCGAAGGAAAGUUGCUAGGACUGUCGAAAAUGUCGGGGGUAAUUUUAUGGCCAACCCGCCAACUUCUGGAGGAAAGUAGUCUAAACUUUAUGUGUAUCCAUUGUAUUUACCCGUCAAUUUCAAAUUCCAGAGAUGAAUAUUGCCAAACUCGUGUCCGAAGCAUCAUAAGUCAAGGAACACGAAAUUCUGAAUCGCUUCGGCAGCAAGUUCAUAGCUAAGACAAAUCUUAGAUGAGUGUUCUUCUUUUGAGGCUACAAAGAGUUGGCCAAUCGAGUUGGCCAAUCAUUUGAUACUGUUCGACAAACUAGCCAUUUGAUCUUUGUUGGAAUUUCGAUGGACCAAAAUUUUCUCACCAUUAUUCUGUAAUCUGAGCUCUUUGAUCCUCAAGUACGUCAUGUGAUAUGCAUAUUUAACCAUGAAAACUUUUCCCGUGAGAAGUUCCUCUCUUAUUGAGCAUAACAGGAGCGAGGGGAUUGUAAUCUUCCAACUCUUUCAGUCAUUGUACUCGACAGAGGAACUACAUAAUUUGGGAUUGUAAUCUUCUAACUUUUUUUUUUUCUUUAGUAAUCAAUCUUCUAACUUCUUCAGUCAAUGUACUCAAUACAGAAAAACUAUAUAAUCCAC